AUGCCUAGUUUCCACUCUUAUGGAAUCCAUACAUUCCUGGAGCUUCAGGAUAUAUCUUCGGGCCCUCUAUCAACACUAUCCAGACUUUCUGAAUCGACCUCGAAAAUCACGUGGAGCCCAAUACAGGGAAUGACACAUCCAAUAUUAAGAACCAAUGUCAUCUCUCCUGCAACAACUGGCUCGCCCCUUCCAUUCUACAUAGUGGUCGAAUUCGAUGCAGAUACUGACCGUCAUAGCCCAAAUCAUCCCAAGGGUGAUGUGAGGAUUGAGGUCAAGAUUGAUGGUGUAGUAAGUGGUUGGAGGGUUCUACCACAGGCCAAAAUAUGGCCCAAAGGUACCCGGAUUGAAUUCUCGGGUUUACGUGUAGCAAGAACAGAGGAAGUGGCCUUUAUAUUUAAUUCACCUCCCCGAAACUUUGGAAAACCGAAAGAUAACCUCUCCGCCUCCACUCUAACAUCCUCGAUUGAGGCAAUCAACACGAUUGAGACGGCCACCAGCUGGAAUUCUGAGGAUCCGACACUAAUCCCCUUUGCACCUUCAGUGCUUCAAGAAGCAUUCUAUAUCCCUCCUAUUUCACUGUCUUCUCAAUGGCUCCAGCACAGCAUCAAUGUCAAUAUCCAGGGAACUAAAAGGAAGCUCGAGUCCCAACAAUCAAAUAGGAACGAAGGUACCAGUACUGCAGUACCUGUCAGGCCUUCAUAUAAACCGGCUACCAUCGGAGGUGAGGAGCGAUUGGAGGAAAUCGGGGGGCAUAAUACUUAUAUUCCGAGGGGCGCUGAUAAAGAAAUCAUGGAAUGGAAACCAAUUGGGUUAGCUUCAGUGAGCCAAAAGACUACUCAGAUGAGAGAAGCAGAGUUUACUGCAAGAAUACACUUAGCAAGGUUUUGGUUUAUCAUUUAUCCUGGGCCUGUACACCUAGAUCUACCCAAAGCACCUAUUUCAUCGAUCCAUUUGGCCUCAGUUGACGAUCAACAUGCUUCUAAAUCAGCUGAGAUUGUGGACGUUAAUAAGAAAACGGUUGAGGAAAGAACCCUAGACAACUCUAUCUCUAAGGUGGAAGAUAGUGACACGGUGGCUGGAAGGAAACGAAGAGUUACAAAGAAGAUAAAAACUUCUGAGACCAAUGAGCUGUUCCCUGCCACACCCCGACCCCAGGAGGACGGCAAAAUUAGAAAACAUGAAGGCGUUAUAAGAACCAUACCUGUAUUACAGGGGAUCGUCCCUGAUGUUCAGCAUCAAAAGGGCUUGAACACAAUUUCUAAAGCUCACUUUGGCUCCGGGAGUGAUGAUCUUAGGAGGCGGUCUUCUCAAAAGCAAACAAAAGUCAUACCUAAUACAUUGGCUUCCCCACUUGGACUUGUCAGCCCUUUUGUAUACUUAUAUCUAUAA